ACAUUGUGCUCACCACUCAACGGUAUCGUGAUAUUCACUCUUCUCGAUUGGUUAUACUUUGUAUACGGAAAGUGUUGGUCUAUCGAAUCGUGAUUAUCGCGAUCUAGACGGAUCCCGAAAUCAUAAAAUCGUUUUGCUAUGGUAACGAUCCGUUGUUAUAAUAAUGGCAAAUGCCCAUAAAAAAUUUGAGGUUAAAAUAGAUGAAUUUUUAACGUCAACUUCAUUACAAUUUUAUUUUUAUUUGGAAUUAAUAAUUACAUGUUAAUAAUUCUAAUAAGUGCAAUAAAAAAUUAUUAUUUAAUAUCAAGAAAUGUAAUCAAGGAAUAGAAUAUACCUGAAUUGGGAGAUUCGUGUCGAAUAAAUGAAGAUUGUAGUGACAUAUUGCAUUCUAAAUGUUCCAUAGCGAAAAAAUGUGUUUGUAGACCAAACAAUAUUCGAGUUAAUAACACGAUCUGCGCACCAUUAUUAAAUGAGUUUUGUUGGAAAAACGAAAAGUGUGCGCCUGCUAACUCUAUAUGUCUUGAUAAUGAAUGUAAAUGUAGAAAUGGUUAUUUACCCAAAUCUAAUAACCAAUGCAUUCCAAAGGUAUUAGGGGCAUUCUGCAAAAAUGAUACUACUUGCGCACAAAUAAAGUUUGCGAAAUGUUCGUCACAAAAUAUAUGUGUCUGCACCUCAAACACAAUUGCUUCUAGCCCAAUUUUAUGUUCACCACUUUUAGAAGAGCCGUGUGAAAGCAAGUAUGAGUGCGGAGUUACGAAUUCCAUGUGUAUUGAUAAUAAAUGUCAAUGUGAAACACAGUAUAUACCAUAUUCUAAUACUGCUUGUGAAAUACCUUACUUGGGAAUGCCUUGCAACAAUGAUCUGUAUUGUCAAAAUUUUAUAAACCACACAGUAUGCAAUAAUAAUAAAUGUGAGUGUAAUUAUAACUACUUUUCUAAGACCGGUUUUAUAUGUGGACGACCAUUUAACGCACAAUGUUUGCCUGAUGAAUCGUGUGCGACCGAUAAUUCCAUUUGCAUUGAUUACAAAUGUCAAUGUAAGAAGAACUAUGUAUUUCAAGAUACAAAAUGUGUACCAAAACACUUGAAUGAACCGUGUGAAACGGCAGCUGAUUGUGAUGGAAUAAAAUUUGCCGAAUGUUCGGAAGAAAAUAAAUGUCGUUGUAAAGAUAAGUACUUUGCUAUCAAUGAAACACAUUGUUCAUUAAAAAUAGGUGAGUAUUGCUCAACCAAUGAAGAAUGUGGUGUCAAAAAUUCAAAUUGUUGGUUCAAUCAAUGUUAUUGUGAACUUGGUUAUAUUAACAUUUUAAAUGAAGAAUGUAUACCUACGGAACUCAACCGAUCCUGUGUCAAUGAUAAUGAAUGUAAACUAAUUAAUAAUGCAGAGUGUUCAAAAGAUAAUCGAUGUAUCUGUAAAACAAAUUAUGUUGAAACAAAGAUCUUAGACUGUGCACCAUUGCUUAAUGAACAUUGUACACGUGACAUCCAAUGUGUAACAAAUGAUUCUGUUUGUAUUGAUAAUAAAUGUAAAUGUAAAUUUAGCUACUCGCAGCGAUCUAAUAAUGAAUGCGUAUUAAAUUCUUUAGAAAAAUGGUGUGCUCGAGAUGAAGAUUGUCAUGACAUACCUUUUGCAAAGUGUUCAAAUACCGAUAAAUGUAUUUGUCGUUCAAAUUAUGUCCAACUGAAUGCAACAACAUGUGCACCAUUGUUAGGAGGAUUUUGUAUUAAUGACGUAGAAUGUAGAACUAAUAAUUCGGUUUGUCUUAGUAAUAAAUGUACUUGCGUAAAAGGUUACUCACGACGGUCGAAUAAUCAAUGCUUACUUGUUUUUUUAGGACAAUCUUGUAGAGAUGAUCGAGAUUGUAAUGAAAUAUCAAACUCAGAAUGUUCAGAUGACAAUAUAUGCGUUUGUAAACUCGGUUAUUCACACUUUGAUAGUGCCGUAUGUUUACCUCUCAUUGGAGGUCAUUGUAACGAGCACAAAGAAUGUCUUGUCUAUAAUUCCAAUUGUUACGAUAACAGAUGCCAAUGUUUAGAAAAUCAUGUACCUCAAUCUAAUCAACAAUGUGUAUCAACUCAAUUGGAUCAAGUCUGUUUUAGUCAUUAUGACUGUAACGAAAUAAUAAAUUCACACUGCUCGAGACAUAAUGUAUGUGUUUGUAAAUCGAAUUACAUUGCAGUAAAUGGAAAUAUGUGUACACCACAAUUAAAUACUCCUUGCACAGAAACAAUCACAUGUAUGAUGAACAAUACAAUCUGUAUUGAUGAUAAAUGCCAAUGCAAACCCGAUUACAUCAACGAUGGUUAUAAUAAUUGUGUACCAAAGCAUUUGGGAGGAUCAUGUCAAAGAAAUGAAGAUUGCUUUGGAGUAAGGCAUACUAAAUGUUUCAAUGGGAUGUGUGUUUGCAAGAAAAAUUUUAUUGCAUUUAAUAAUACAAAGUGUCUAUCACCUUUAAACAGUCAUUGUUUUAGUCACACCGAUUGUAUUGAUAAAAAUUCAGUUUGUGUUUCAAAUAAAUGUCAAUGCAACGUUGGUUACACGGAAAAUUUCAAUCAUACAUGUGUGCUGAUUCCGUUAGGAAAAUCUUGUGUAACGGAUAAGGAUUGUAAAUAUAUAAAAAAUUCGAAAUGUUCUGUCGAUGAAAUUUGUGGUUGUUAUGAUAAUUAUUUUGCCUUAAAUGAAUAUACUUGCGCGCCUUCUUUGAAUUCACCUUGUCUAAGUGAUGAGGAAUGCCAUAUAGAUUUCGCUCAUUGUUUUGAAAAUAUGUGCAAAUGUAAACCAAACUUCACAGCAAUAUCUAACAAUCAAUGUGCAAGAUCCCGUUUGCUAUAUUCUUGUAAUAGUAUACUGGAGUGUGCAGAGUCAUGGCAUGAACAAUGUUCAAAAGAUAAAAAGUGUGUUUGCAGAGAAAACAAUGUAGCAUUAAGCAUAUCAGCAUGUUUGCCUAUUUUGGGUGGAAUUUGUUGGAAAGAUGAUCAGUGUUAUAUUGAAAAUUCUUUUUGUGAUAAUUUUCGGUGUGUAUGUGAACGGAACUAUAAGCCUGUUUCCAAUAAUAUGUGCUUAGAGGUUAAUAAAGAAAACCAAAUGAAAUAG